GGUUGCUAGGAGGGGCAGUGAGAGCUGCCACCAGACUGGCAGACUGGCCUCCACGCCAAGCAGCUGGGAAAGGGGAAAGACAAAAUCAGCCAGGCUGCCCAUGUCGGAGAUGGUGGCAGGGGGUUCACGGGUGUGGAAAUCCCACAGGAUCCUGCCCCAUCCUGCCACGCCAAAGAAGACUUUGAUGCAUGGAGACUUCCUGGCUAAGGAGGAGGAGUACAAGCGACUGAAUGCAGAAUUAGAAGCAAAAACAGCAGAGUUGGUGCGUCAGGCCGAAGAAGUAAUAAGAGAUCAACAAGAGAUACUAUCAAUACCAGUUUCAACACAGGUUAAAUUGUGUGAAGAUGACAACAAGCAACUGAGAGAUGUGCUUUCUCCUGAACUGCCAAUCCUUACACUUUCACAUAUUAAGCAACCAAACAAAAAAUCUGGUUCCAUGUCUACAGCUCAGAACAGACCACACUCUGGCAGUAAGGUGAAGAGAACAACUUCAAGUGCAAAACUAAGAAGCAUUGAUAUAAAAGCUGCUGAUGAUGUUGCCAUCCUGGAGGACUUCACAGAUUUUUCUCUUGCAAAGACAAUUAGCAAAAUUGAAGGAAAACUGGAGGAAGGAGACUUGCUUGAAAGUCUAGAUGAUGAUAUUAUUCCAAGUGUAGGAAAUGAAAUUGGAACAGAAGCCCAGAUCAGAUUUCUUAAGGCAAAGCUGCGUGUUAUGCAGGAGGAGCUGGAUAGUAUAGUACGUGAAUGUAGUAAAAAGGAUGAUGAGAAUCGGCAUUUAAACUCUCGGGUUAAAGAAACUGAGGAAGAACAUGCUAGACUCCAGCGAACAGUCAGUACUCAACAGUUUCAAAUUGAAAAGUAUAAAAUGCUGUCAGAGGAAGCUAACAGGAAAAGUGAAGGAUUACAGCAACAGCUCACUGCAGUAGAAAAGGAACUAGAGAAUCUAAAGCGCAUACAAAAGCAGGCUUCUACCAGUCAGAGUGCUACAGAAGCUCGCUUAAAUAGGGCUCUUGAGGAAGCAGAAAGGUAUAAAAUGGAGCUGAAUAAACUGAAGCAAAGCAAUAAGGACAUAGCCAACCAAGAGCACAAAAAAUUCGAAGAACUAAAAAUAGCAAACAAGAGACUGGAGAAACAAAAAGGAGAGCUAAUGACAGGUUUCAAGAAACAGUUAAAGCUAAUUGAUAUUCUGAAGAGACAAAAGAUGCAUAUUGAAGCAGCCAAAAUGCUUUCUUUUACUGAAGAAGAGUUCAUGAAAGCUCUUGAGUGGGGAAAUUCCUGAUGCAGUGUUCAAUGCCUCGGUUUGAAAAUCAAUUCUGAUUGUAUGCUGUUUUGAAAGUAUUAAUACUUACCACAAAUGUUCAAAUAGAUAAUUUUACAUUAAGCCUGGUAAAAUUGAUCAAUUUUUAAAAGUUAUAGGAUAAACAUUUUAAUGUUUGAUUGUAAAUAGUUUUGUGUUGCAACAUACGUUGAAAUGGUGUUAUUCAACAAACAAUUUAGCCAAGUGUCUAAAUGCUCUGUAUCCUCACUGACUGUAAUGGAUUAGGCAAGCAGUACAGAGAGAACACACUAUAUACACAUCUGUUUUAGUUACCAAUUUUCUGUUUUCAUACUGAUUGUCUGAAACUGUAGUUGAGAUAAGAUGAAAAACACUGCUGUCCAAGUAAAAGGUAAUGUUUAUAUAUCUCAGAAAAGUAAGGUGAUAGUUCAAAAACCUCAUUAAUGGGGAGGAAAAUUUUACAACUUGGACAUAAAAACAUAAAUUUUAUUGUAAAAAUAAAGGUUUGGGAACUACGUAGGGACAAUGUUUGUUGUCCAUCCCGCCUUAGUAGAUCUUCAGUCUUAGCUGGGUUGGAACAUUAAAUAUAUUAGUGGAUGCUGGUUGUCUUGAUUUACAGAAAAGUUGAUAACUUGCCAUAGCAAUUAAAUCUUGAUGUCCGAUAAUGCAUACAAAAAUUAGUUCGCUAACAUGGAAGUAUUGUUUAAAAUUGUUUCUGAUGACUAGAGGCAAGAUCAGAUGCCAUACCUUUAUUUUUAAAAGUGAUAAAUAUUGGCAUCAAUGUAAAAUGAAAAUUUCUCAAUUUUCAGCAAUAUUUAAAAAGUUAAAAGGUGGCUACUGAAAUGUUUGAAGUUGAAUAUUUUCUUGACCCCAUCCAUUUCUCCUAACUUCAUAUACUGUUCUCAGUCCCAGUUGGUUCCUAUAGCGUUAUCUUUUUCCAUAUUAAAUGCACAUGGCUGUGUAAAUGUUUGAUGAAAGUAAUGGUCAUUCUUAGCAUCAUUCAUUUAGUGUUCUGUACAUUACAGUCAAACCUAAAGGGCACAAUGAGGAGAGCAGACCGCACUGUGCUAGGUGGUAUACAGAGACGUGAUGAUUUUGUAAUCUUAGUACAAUAAUCAAGAAUAAAUGGACAAAACUGACUAUAGGUGAAUCAGCUAUUCUGUGUAUGUUCAGAGUAAUGACAGGCACGCAGUAAGUUUGUGCUGUUUCUGUCACCCAUUAUUAAAUUUAAGUGGUUUCUCCUGAAGCAGAGGAAGCUGUCAGGGCGAAACAGGAAAUGAAACAAUGGCAAAGAUCAGUUACUGUCUGAGAGAAUACAGGUUCUUGAGGAAACAAUGGGGAAGUAUUAAUUGGGGAAUACCCCAUCUGACUCCAGCCAGGCUGCCAUGGUUACUCUUCCCAAACCAAUACCUAAGAUAUCAAAGAGGAUAUUAAAACCGAAAAUGCUGGCCUAGGGAAGAAUGGGGGUGGGAAUUGUCUGCAGCUGUCUAUGGGGAAGAUGCUGACAGACUCCCUGAGAAGACAAUCUGGUGCAAGCAGCCUGUCUCUCCCAACCCAGCAAUAGAGAACAUUGUUCUGAAGUUUCCAAGAAAAGAUAUGGCAUAGUUAAGACCAAUCCAUAUAAGCUUUUAUUUUAACCCUUUGUUGUGGUGUUGUUGUUUACCUUUGGGUGACUAAACAAUGCUU